AUGACUACGUGGAUGUUUUGGGCUUUUAUUUGUUUGGGUCUUGGACAAUUGGCCCAUGCAUGGCCAGCAAAUGGUCAUCGUUUACAACUCCGUACAAUAUUAGGCACAGCUGAAUCGAUAGAUGAGCCAGGGCUCAGUUCUAGUGAAGAACUAAGAUCGAUCAGUAACAAUGAUGAAGACGAUGAUGAUGACAAUCAAACAUCAGGACGUGGUCAUGGCUCAUACGAAUAUUCAACAAGUCUUCCACCAGCUAUUAUUGCCUUUAUUGUCAUUAGUUUAAUGCUGUGUUUCGUUGCAUGUUUAAGUUGUUAUAUGCAUUCUCAACAACGUCAACGACAUGUUCAUGUUAGUUGCAUUAAUUCGAAUCCGACAAGUAUUACAAGUUCCCAUCAACUACAGGCUCUUCGAGGUUCAGUGCGAGUCAUUUAUAUGCGAUCUAUGAAUAAUGUUGGUGUCGCACCACAAUCUCAAGUAUUUCCUAGUAUAUAUGAAGCUCCACCUCCAUCUUACGAAGUAGCAACUGGCAAUCUCCCAUCAAUAUAUCAAUCACCACCACCUCCACCAGUCACAGCACAUGUUGAAUAA